CAGUAGAAGGCAGCCAGUUACGCUACUGUUCGGACGAAUUUCUCCUGUCGUCAAUUUUUGGGAACAAAAAUUCAAUUUUUCUUUUAUUUUGUAAGAACGCGCUAAAAAUCAGAUAAAUCGAUUAAUCAUUUUCGGUCCUGCCAUCGAGAGCAUUUACUUUGCGUUACGUUUAUAAAUUUAUGUUUGCUUGAAUCUCGCUCGGACAAAUUGCAAAAUGACUUCGAUCGAAUCGAAACGAGUGCAAUAUCGAAAGUAUUUGGAGCGUGCCGGGGUCAUCGAUGCCCUAAGCAAGGCACUGAUCAAACUGUACGAAGAGCAGAACAAACCAGAGGACGCCAUUCGCUUUGUGCGCAAGUUCAUGUGCGAGAGUUGCCCGGAUGAUGCCCAGUACGAUGUAAUGAAAAACGAUCUUGAGGAGGCCAAGACGCACAUCUCCAAAUUGGAGCAGGAACUUGAACGACUACGCGGUCAAAUCAAAAAGUCACCGGAGGAGUAUCAAGAGCUUACUGUUGAAGGCUACAAAUCCCUCAUUGAUGAUGAGGAGAAUGUCAACUCACUGCUUCGCAAAUACCUCACGCCUGAGUUGUUGGAAGAGUACAUGCUGGUCACUACUCCGGCACCAGUGGACGCAUAUCUAUACGAUUGCGCAGUUGCUGGAUUUCAGCAUCACGAUAAGCCGGUCGGCAUCUAUGCUGCGGAUGCAGACAGCUACGAUGUCUUUAACAAGCUCUUUGAUCCAAUCAUUAAGGACUAUCAUGGCCAAAUGGAUAACGAGAGUGAUGUGCUACAAAAGGAUCCAGACUUUGGCAACGUUGACGAGAUCGAAAACUUGGAUCCGGAGCGCAAGUACAUUCUGUCCGCUCGUAUUAGAUUGGCCCGCAAUAUCGAGGGUUUACCAUUCUUCCCUAAACUCACCGAGAAACAGUUUAUCGAAGUGGAGGAGAAGGUGCGUUCGGCAACGGAGACAAUGGAUGGCGAGUUGAUAGGCUCUUACCUUACGAUGGCGGACAUCGAUGCCGAAACCCAAGCAGAGAUGGUGAAGCGACAUAUACUAUUUCAACGAGGAGAUGAGCAGCUGACCACAGCUGGCUGCUAUCGUUUUUGGCCGACAGGUCGCGGUGUCUACCAUAAUCCCGCUGAGACUUUCUUAAUCUGGGUGAAUCGUCAGGACCACGUUCACAUUAUGUCUAUGGCGCAGUGUGGCGAUUUGGGGGAUGUUUACAAUCGCCUUGUGAACGGUCUAUCAGAGCUGGAGAAGACCCUGACCUUUGCUCGCCAUCCGCGUUACGGAAACUUAACGGCCUGCCCCACGAAUUUGGGCACCAGUCUGCGAGCCUCGGUCCACGUCCGUUUGCCGCUGCUCAGCAAGGACCCUGACCGUCUUCUCGCUCUCGCCGAAGAGCUUCAGCUGCAGGUACGCAGCACCGAUGGUGGCGAACUUUCCACUGUGGAAGAUGGUGUCAUGGACAUUUCCAAUAAGCGGAAGCUUGGAUUCACAGAGUUCGAGCUGGUCAAAACACUGCAGGAUGGCGUUGUGGCUUUAAUCAAUGCCGAGGAAGAACUCGAAAUAGCCGGACAGGAGGGUUAGAAACGAAACACCGAAAUACCGAAUUUUGACAGUCCAAAUAGCAAUUCAUUUCACCAUACAACAAUACUCAGAAACACAUACACAGACGAUAAGAGAAACAGGAGCAACGUAUCUUUGGUUAAAUAAAUUUGUCCCGUAGUCCCUGACAAUCACUCACCUUCCA